UAUCGCGUGCCGGGAUGCCAAGCCACUCUCCUCUCAGACCUGGAGAGCGGCUCCGUGGGUCCUUCCUGGAGAUUGUGGAGAAGGCGCGAGCUCGACUUGGGGGGCGCGCGCGCAGGCGGCGGGAGCAGGGGCGCGAGCCAGAAGACGAGGGCUGCGCGCGCACCCUGCACCCUGGAAGGGCAGAGAGGCGCGUAGCCAAGGGAGAGGGGCAGCGUGGCUGGACUGCUGGGCGGGAAGGAGGAGGCCUCCCGCUUGCCUCGGCCUGCUUCGCUUUCCCCUUCCUUCCGCCUGUAGGGAAGUGGGUGAGGGGCGGUGGCAAAGGGAGGCCUGCCCUCCAGGGACUGUGUGUGGGCUCUUUCUCUGGAGUUCCUGGCCCCUCUCUCUCGCCCCUCCCUCCCUCCCUUCCCCAACUCUCCCUCAGACUUGAGUCCUUCACCUCCCCAGGCUUGAGUCCUUUCUGUGUGGGGCUGAGGCGACCCCCUUCCCUGAGGUAGACAGACACAGCCUGCUGUAAUCCUUCAGGCAGACCCCGUUUGGCUUAAUCUGUGUUUUCCCCGCAAGUGUGGGUGACCUUUGUUACAGUUCCUAGCUGGCGCUCGCCUUCGCCCUCUAGGCCUCUUCCUUUCUCUUUCUCCCUCUUUCUCUCUCUUUCUCCCCCUCAGUAGCUCUUGUCCUCCUUUCCCACUUCUUCCUCUCUGUCUCCUCAGAGCACCAUUCAACAAGAACAAAAGCAAAACACCUGCUGCUGGGAGAAACGUCCAGUUCUUUCCUCCCCGCCUCCCUCUGAGCUUCAAAGUUUAGCAGUCUCCAAGGCUUCAUUGGCUCCCCUUCUCAAGCAAAGACUGUUCAGAGAAUUUUUCAAAAAAGGAAGUCCCAAUUAGUAACAUUGGCUUUCCUUGGAUGAGCGAUGAAAGUGACAGUUUGUUUUGGAAAGACAGGGAUUGUGGUUCCCUGUAAGGAUGGGCAGAUCCGGGUUAAAGAUGUGACCCACCAGGCUCUCCAGAGGUACCUGCGAACCAAAGAAAAGGAUCCUUCUUAUUGGGUGAAUAUUCACCAUCUGGAGUACACAGAUGGGGGAAUCCUGGACCCAGAUGACAUCCUAGCAGAUGUUGUAGAAGACAAAGAUAAGUUGAUUGCUGUGUACGAUGAACAGGAUUCACUGCCCAAGGCUGAUGACAUCAAUGGUAGCUUGACAGAUGGGAACAGCCCAGAUGCUUUUGAGACAGAGGUUGCUGCUCAGCUGGCUGCAUUUCAGCCAAUUGGAGGAGAGAUUGAAGUGACACCCUCUGCCCUGAAACUAGGGACACCGCUUUUGGUGAGAAGGAGCAGUGAUCCAACCCUGGGUCCACCUGACUUUCCUGUAGGAGCUUCACAUGACAGUGACCAUGUUUUGAAGACUUCUGUGUCAUGUUCAGCGCACUCAUCUUCAGAAGACUGGGAUCCUGCUGCACGCAGUGAAGUGCUGACAUCUCAGAAAACAAAAUUCAUUUUCAGUGAUUUGACAAGAAGAGUGGAGAUAUCUGGUGAAGGUGGCCCUUUAGGAAUACAUGUGGUACCAUACUUUUCAUCCUUAAGUGGAAGGAUCCUAGGGCUCUUUAUCCGUGGCAUUGAGGAGAACAGCCGAUCUAAACGGGAAGCACUUUUCCAUGAAAAUGAGUGUAUUGUGAAAAUUAACAGCAUUGAACUUGCAGAUAAAACCUUUGCACAAGCACAAGAUCUCUUCCGUCAAGCAAUGAAAUCUCCAAAUAUCAUCUUGGAAGUGGUUCCUUCAUACAACCGUGAACAAUAUGAGAAAUCUGUCAUCACAUCUUUAUAUUCUCCAGAUAACACUGAUCUCAUUUCAAAGGCAAAGAUUCCACCUCCCAUAUACUCAAAGCCAAUGGCAAAGGAAAUGGACUUGUCUGGCACGAACAGUCUGGAUACUGGUGUGUGGACAGUUCUCCAUCCUGCCAAGAGUCCCAACAUCCCAAGGGUUGGCAGGAAGACAUCAUCACCAACUUUAUCUCCACUGAUGGGCUUUGGCAGCAAGAGAAAUGCAAAGAGGAUAAGAAUAGAUCUCAAGAAAGGUCCCGAAGGACUUGGUUUCACUGUAGUUACCAGAGACUCUUCAGUGCAUGGACCUGGACCUAUCUUUGUAAAGAAUAUUCUGCCACGUGGUGCAGCUGUUAAAGAUGGUCGUUUACAAUCAGGAGACAGAAUACUUGAGGUGAAUGGUAGAGACAUCACUGGCAGAACCCAAGAAGAGCUUGUAGCCACACUGAGAAGUACAAAGCAAGGAGAUACUGUCUCUCUGAUUGUUGCUCGCCAAGAAGAAACCUUCCUUCCUCGAGAGCUGAAAGGAGAGCCCUUCUGCAACAUGCUUUCAUUAGAGACUACCGAGCAAUUGACCUUUGAGAUUCCUCUGAAUGACUCAGGUUCAGCUGGACUCGGUGUGAGCUUAAAGGGCAACAAAUCUCGAGAGACUGGGGCUGACCUUGGGAUUUUCAUCAAAUCUAUCAUCCAUGGAGGUGCUGCCUAUAAGGAUGGCCGACUGCGAAAAAAUGAUCAACUUAUCGCAGUGAAUGGAGAGUCUCUGCUUGGAAAAUCAAACCAUGAAGCCAUGGAGACUUUGAGGCGUUCAAUGUCUAUGGAAGGAAAUAUUCGUGGAAUGAUCCAGCUAGUGGUUCUCAGGAGGCUGGACAGACAGGCUGAAGUGGAGCACCUAGAGCAUGUUUCACCAUUUUCCAAGCUGGACCUUGAAGGGAAUUUUAAUUUCACAAGUAGUCCAAGGUGUAGUGAUGCUGCUGUGCAGUGUUUUGGAGCGUAUUGCCAGCAGGGGAGGUUAAAAGAGCUUCAUGCAUCUGAGAGUGGCAUGGCUGAAAAUGAAGUCCCACCCCCAUUGCCUCCACAUCCGAGUGACGAGCUGCUCACAGAUUAUAAUCACAGCUCAAUAGCAGAUUCAGCAGCAUAUUUACCAGAUCAGCACAUCAACUUCAGAUCUUUGACACUGGCCAAGCAGACAGAAUCAAUUAAUCUGAAAGCCUCUAAGAGCAUGGAUCUUGUGGCAGAUGAAAGCAACAUGAGCUUGUUGGCCAGGCAACAACAAGAACCUCCUGGCAGGGAUGUAGGUCCAACUCUGGGUUUGAAGAAAUCAAGUUCCUUAGAGAGUCUCCAGACAGCUGUUGCCGAAGUGAAAAAGAACGAGCUUCCUUUCUAUAGGCCCAGGCCUCACAUGGUCCGUGGUAGAGGGUGCAAUGAGAGUUUCAGAGCUGCCAUUGACAAAUCCUAUGAUGGACCUGAAGAUUUUCCAGAAGAUGGCAUGUCAGAUAAGAGCUCCCUCUCUGGUCAGGAAGUACAAAACUUUCAUGCCAGUUCUGAAUUAGAAGAUGUGGAAGGCAAGGCAAAAAAACACAAGAAGACCAAAGACAAAUUCAAAAUUAAAGAAAAGAAUAAAAAAUUGAACAUGAAGAACAAAUCUAAAGUGAAGGAGAAGGACAAGAAAGAAGAAAAUGAAGACCCAGAGAGAAAAACAAAAAAGAAAGGCUUGGGUGCCAUGUUGAGGUUUGGGAAGAAAAAAGAGGACAAAGUUGUAAAAGGUGACCAGAAAGGAAACACCAAGUCUGGAACUCUUAAAGAAGAAGAAUUUGAAAGGAUGAAGGAGGAGCGAGAAAGAAUUGGCGCAAAACAUCAAGAGUUACGGCAAAAGCAGAGCAGGGCGCCUGCUGAAUAUCUGAUAGGUCCUGUGGGCCCACCACCUGAUAUUGAUGAUGAUGAGAUGGACCCGAAUUAUGCACGUGUUAAUCACUUUCGGGAAAUGUAUCCAAAGGCCAAUGCCUACAGACCGUCUUCUCCACCUGCUCCAGAUACCUUUGGAUCAGAGAACCCUCCAGCACCUGCAGACAGGGACCACCUAGAAGGACUGUAUGCGAGGAUCAACAAGCCACUCCAUCAGCACGCUCCUGUUGAGAGUGAUCGUCCAAGUGCUGGAACUGCAGAACGCAUCCAGAAAUUACGGAAAGAAUACCAUCAAGCAAGACGAGAAGGCCUACCUUUCUAUGAUGAAAAUGACAGCCGAGGAAGGCCAUCUGAUCAGCACUGGGUGUCUGGAAAAAUUCCAGAUGGGCCUUCACACCACCUCCAGUACGAAGGCAUAGAAAGACAAUAUGCCUCUUUGCCCAGGCAUGUACCUGUAGAACCAGUGGAGUACAUAACAGGACUACGAGCACCAUACAAAGAGAGAGAUCUUCCUUACUUUCAAGGAGGCCAGCCAACAGGUCAUCCUUCUAAAGGGAGCUAUGUUCACUCACACGAUGCCUCGAGGCCAGCAGAAUUGUGGUAUACUCAGUAUUACCCAACACAACCAGUGUCCCAGCAUAAAGGACCCCUUCGGCAAGAUGUACCCCCAUCACCCCCUCAAGGUCACAGGGUUCUACCUUACAACGAAAUGGGAAGAGUGGCCCCCCGUCCAUCUGGUCCUGAUCACUAUCAAUAUAGGCAUCAAGAUCCACGGCAAAAGGAUCCCAUGACUGCAGCUGUAUAGCUUAAAGUUGGACUAUUCUUCACAUCUAACAAGAAGAAAAUGGACAUCAUCUUUCAGCUGGCACCACCGAGCUUGGCUACCCCAGGACAGAUGUCCUUUAACUGUGGCUAGUCAGCAUCCAGGAUAUAUUCCGAAAUGUAAUACAUGCUCGUACAAAGUGGUACGUGACUUUUAGGUAGCAAUAUAUCGGAGAGUAUUUUUUUAAAGUUGCUUGUAGGUAGAAGGUGGUAGAUGAAGAAAAAGUGGCAUUUCCAAGCACACCACAAAGUGCCAUUCAGGGCUGUUAGCAACUGUCAUAAGCACAUAUUCCAGGACUCUUGUUCUGGAAAAGUUUCAGAAAAGGUAUCUAUCUAAUCAGUGCAAUUAUGUGUGUACUUAGUAUAGACCACCUUCAACUGGAGAAUUUCCAACUUGAAGGAUCCCCUGGCAGGUUAACAAGGGGCUUCAUUUGUGUUGGGAAAUGUAUUCCACUGAUGGAAUAAUGUUUGUUUUUUUGCAAUUUUAUCAGGGGUUAUCACUCACAUUUUAACCUUCACAGUGACCUUCUUCAUUUUCCCUCUGGGGAUAUUGCAUUUUCUGUCUUUCUUCUGUAUUGGUCACAUAUCAUGAUUCUCUCUCUCUUCCCUCCUGCCUUCAGUUUUCUAAUAUCAAAGAAUAUAGAUAGACAAAUGGAGGAGGAGUUUGAUAAUCUGUAGUUGAAACCAAUGACUUGUGAGGGCUCCAGGAAUUAUAUAUGCAACAAUGGGAUGUUUUUGCCUUUGGGUUGGGAGACUUGGAGAGAGCUGGUUCCCCACUGGUGACAUCACCAUAUUUCAACUAAUAAUUAUACACUAGUACAGUGGUUCUCAACCUGGGGUCCCCAGAUGUUUUUGGCCUACAACUCCCAGAAAUCCCAGCCAGUUUACCAGGUGUUAGGAUUUCUGGGAGUUGAAGGCCAAAAACAUCUGGGGACCCACAAGUUGAGAACCACUGCACUAGUAACUGGCAGCCCAUGGAAGGCCAGACUCACCGCUUGUGGGACAUUAUUUGGUCCUCACUAUUGCUAAUACCCUUCCCUAAACAAGAAGGAUGUGGGGAAGAAGCAGUCACACCAGUAAUACAAUCCAUUGACAGCAUACUUAUUGGCCCUCCCAGGAGAGUAAUUGUUGAGUGCGUUUGCAACAUUGUGCUGCUGUGCUGUUUUUGGCUUGACUGAGCUGGCUUCCCGCCAAUCCCAGAAAAGAAGACCUGGCUACAUGUCAUACAACAUCCCAUUCCAUGGCAAGAAGUCCAUGGCAAGAAGUGGCAGCCUUUUGACAUACAGUAUAUAUGUUUCUCCUUAAAUACCAUAACUUCUAGUUAUUCCAAAAAGGGAGAACAGAGAAGAACAAGGCUCUACUCAAAUGGAAGCUGGACAUUGCUGGCAGACAGAGAACCAUUGCUUGCAGGUUAGUGGGAAAUGUAGGAAGGCAUCCUUUCAAUAUUCUAGACCUGCAUUUGUCACCAAAGCUAACCUAGUUGACCCCAACAUUUUGAAAAAAUCCAGCAUAUCUUUUUAAUUCCACAGACUUUGACAUCAGAGGCAUUUCAGGCCUCUGCUUCAGCCCAUUUUCUGGGAGGGAAAGACCUUGGGUCUAGCCACGGAAAUGUAUGAGGCGAUGGGUUGGUUUUCUUUUGGUAUGCAGCAAAUUAACAGGAUUCAUUACAUAGGUCAUCUCAUAAUUAUUAUAUAUCGCACUGAGGGGUCACCUACGAGGCACAGCCAUUUAUCAUUUAGCCUUUCUGAAAUGGCUUCAUUAUACCGGGUGGCCUCAGGAGACAUGGCGCAUAGUGAAUCUAUCACGCACACAAAUUUGCGUUGCUGCAUUUCAGAGUGUCAGCUCUUUUACUGCCCAUGAAAGAUUCAACGGUUUUAUAUGGGAUCCACAGGCCCUGCAUUGUUGUCCUGAGCAUUAAUAUUCAGGUAAGUAAUUGAAUUUUAACCAAACUUGCAGCCUCAGAUUCAAAGUCCGCGAGUAAUGAUUAGUGCGUUUUGAAUCCAAGGUAGGAUGACCUAUCCUUCCUAGAUCUCAAUGUCAUAUACAUUGCUAAACAGAAGUAAGGAAAUGGCUUGAAGCAUGCUUCUGUGAUUAAUUUUAACAGGGAAAAGUCAACAAGAAAUGAAUUGUCCAUGUCAUUAUCCCUUGGUUAUUUAUUUCUAAAAAUGCACCCUAAUGUGAAAGAUAUUCAUAUCAAAGACAAUGGCUAUUUCCAAGAAACGAAUUUAAUUUCAGGUGGGUGUGAAUGAGUGGCUAGAAAUGACUUGCAAGACAUCAUUUCUUGUGUUGCCAUUUCUCAUGAGUUAUUUGCAAUCGUUUGGUCCAUUUUAAGUGGGCAACUGAUUUGACUGUUGUGUUAGUUUACAUAGUCUAAAGUGAAUGGCAAGUUGCUGGUCUUAGUUCUUGCAUCUUGUUUAGCAUCAGAACUGAGAUAGACCACUACAGUAUAGAAGGAAAAUAGUGACUUUUUAAAAAUAUGAUAUUUUAUGAAAUAUAUCAAACAUGCAGACAUAAAAGAACAUGAACAAUGUUGAUGAACAAUGUAGCCGCUGGUACCUACAGUCAAAUGGGCUUUGAAAAGUGCUAUUUGAUAAAUCCUGAUCUGUGGUAAGUUUCCCCACUCAAACCUUAUGAAGCCAUUCAAGACCUUCUUUUUGUAUUUGAAUUUGCAUUAUUAUUUUUCUUUUUGCUCUCAUUUCAGUUCCUUCUUUCAGGUAUGCAGUACAUUUUGAAAAAAGCACAUAGUGUUUGACACUUUCUGUCUUCUUUACCACUUCAAACUAUGUCAGGUAUUUGCUGUGUUUAUAAUUUGCUUGCAAACACUGACCCAUUACUCAGUACUCUCCACACUGAGUGGCGAGUGUUUGACUUUUCUUAGUCAAGUAGAGCCAAGUUGCCUUUCUAUCAGACCAGGGUCAUGUAAGCAAAUCUUGGGAGUCUGUUCCCUGUGUUUCAACUCUCUUAUAUCAUGUUAGACCUUGUCCCUGGAAUCAUUUUUUAAGAAAUUGGCCUCAGGAACAUACAAAGAAACAAUCAACAGAAAGUACCUCAACUUUCAUAAGAAGCAGGAUAGACACAGAAGUUCUUCAACAAAACCACUUUUACAAACCCCUUUGGGGUGCCACACUUAUGCCUAUGAUCGUUGCAGGAAAAACCACAUAAACCAAGGAUUCUGAGGUUUUAAAAAAAUGACAGUGGUACGAUAAGGGUAGAAAGACCCCAAUAAAUGAAGACAUUAAAAAAUAGCUUUUGCUUUUGUGUAAUCAGAACCCUACAAUAGAUUGGGAUCCUUCAUUAAAAGAAACCAAUAUCGAUGAUGUUGACUUUAUCUCGCCUCAACGGAAUUAAAGGAAUUAAUUCUGCCUUAUAAACUGCUGCCUCUUAACCUUUUCUCGUGCCAUAUCAUUCUAGUUUGCAAAGAUAAUUGACAGUGUUUCAGAAGCAAGGGAGGCAUCCAGAUUGGAUGGCAAGAACUUGUCUAGGUUAUUUACGGCUUUUGCUGCUCAAGGCUCAGUUGUUUCUAUGUAACCCGAAGUGCCCUGUAAAAUUCCCAUUGACUGCAGUGGCGCCAUCUGGUAGGGCAAAGAAGGUCAAAAGGAGACCUUCUCAACCAUUAAUCUUAGCCAAUGGCUUAUUAAAGAGUAGUUCUGUGUUUCGAACAGUAGGAGACUUCCUCCUCCCCGCAUAGAUGCAACUGAGUAGAUGCAGGUGCUUCAUAUGUUACAGAUAGCUGUGGGGUAGAGGGUAAAAACUCUUGACCCCUCUUGUGGGGACAGGAACAAAAUGAAUUUCCCCUCAUCCGUCCAAAGUGCCAAAUUUCUGACCGAGGGGCUGGGAAGCACUUGACUGGUUUAAUUGAUUCAUAGAGGUAGGUAGGUGUGUGUAUGUACUCAUCUAAAUAUACAUGUGUGUGCUGUGCACAUAUGCGGAGAGAGAAAGGGACACCUUCUCUGCAAUAAUGUCAAACAAGCUAUCUUAACACCAUAUUGCAGACCAAUAUGUAGUGCACACAUAUCUCCCAAGGUGCUAUCGCUCAUGGAUUAAAAUAUACCACUUGCAAAAACAAAAAUGCAUGCAAACUGAGUUAUGAGUUGUUUCCUCCCUAUCGUGAGCUCCUAUAUUUUGGAGAUGUUUCGGAUCUGAAAAGGUCCUCUUGUAUUCUAUAAUGCCUUUAUUCAAAUUGUGUAAAAAUGUGCCAAUCUAGAACUCAAAAUCUCGAAGGUGAAUGUUGGUUUUUUGGGAUGGUUUAGAUUUGGACUUCUGGGAAGGCUACUAGGUUUCAAGAUGGUGAAAGGUUGCUCUUCUUGGAUAUGUCCACAGCAUGGAAAGUCCAUCCAUCCUGUGAAGAGGUAGUAUGCCUCCCUGAGACCCCAGGCAAAUCGAUCUCUUUCACUUCAACCCUGUUUUGACUUUGCAUCUCCUUCAUAGUUAUGUAUGCAAACUUAAAUCCCCGUUUCCUACAUUACCUGGUACCUCUGCUACUUUUUCCUAUUUUGAUUAAAAACCAGGAGUGAGCAAUAAAAACAGAGGGGCACUUAGCUUGUAUUGAUGACCAGAUCAGCUUUUAAUGCCUUACUCAGAAGCAGAGUAAAAUGACCAGUUAGACGUAUCAAGCUGCAAACAUGGUCAUCUCAACCUUACCCACAUUGGGGGCUAUUUCCAAAUCAAUCCUCUAAUAUGGCUAAACAAAAUGUUAGGCAGCCAUGAUGGGCUUUCUUUCAUGGCUGGCUGUUUAAAAUAUGCCAGAGAUAGUCCGAUUGAUGGUGGGGAAACCACCAGGGUAGCAGAAGGGCAUGGCUACCAACACUGGUUUCAGACCAGAGGUGUCAAGUGCCUUACUCUGGCCUUGGGUGUUAUUCCUUGACUUAAGCGUUGCACUUGGAAUAGAGACUUGGCUGACAGCCCAAUACACUUACUGGAAACACCAGUGUACUUUGGAUCAAACUCCAGUUGCUUUUUUAAAACAAGUGGAUUGUACAUGAUCAACUAAAGGUUUAAUACCAGCAGUUCCCUGAACCACUAAUUGGUAUUAGACUGCAAUAAAACGGGGAAUUAACACUAAGCACAGCAGUUGAGAAGGUGGCUUUCUGGGAAGCCUAAAGGCCAGGGAACGGAAUUAGGAAGCCGACAGUUGGCGUUCUAGCUCACAAUGUUAACCAGAAACAGCUUUACCUGCUGCAUAUUUUUUGUAUAAUAUGGAAGUGCUACCUCCAUCUUCUUUUUCCUUCCUCUCUCUCCUCUGUAUGUAUCUGGAGUGAUUUCCGUCUUCCUUGUGGGAACUAAGAGUUGAUUGUUUGCUCUCCCAGAUCAGGCACUGAAGUAUAUAACUUUUUGCAGGAGUAUUCCUACUAUAUUUAAUCAAGUGCUGUUUUGUUUCUCAAUGCAAAAUGUAACAUUUUAAUCCUCAAUUCACAAGAUGACUGUUUCAGACGAUUUUGGAUUUAAUCCCACUGAUUUCUGGCAGUUCGAACUGUAAUAAGAGUUGCCCCGGUUUGCACAUUGUCACCCUAUCUAUACUUGCGUUUAUUUUUUUCUAAUCUACAUUUGUGUGCAUUGACUUGUUUAAAAGCUCUGAAAGUUUAUUUUAGGAGGAAGUACGUUUGUUACCACAAGAUCAAAUUUGACCUUUUAUUUUGUUUUUGUUAUAUAUCACCCUAUAAAUGUUGAACAGUUUUAUUUUGCAUUAAAAUAAAGGCUUUAAGAACAACAGCCAA